AAAGUUGAAUGAAUAUUUCUCAGUCCCCAAUAUCCUAUCUUGGUAAUCAUCAAGAAAGAGAGAGAAGCUAUGAAGAUUUGUCCUCUCUUAUUAUUUUCUCUCCUCUUCCCCUUGUUUCUUCUCACUCUAAUCAAAGCCGCCGGUAAAAAUGGCAAAACCCAAGAAGACGCUCUUUCCCAGUUAUACGAUAAAAAAUUGUUGAAAUCAGACAAUUUCGACACCACCACUUUCAACCCAUCAUUAAUUCAUCAACAACAAAUUCUUACCCAACGGCAACAAUGGAUGUUUAAGGACAAAGACAAAAUCCUUUCACUUCCCGGACAGCCUACGCCGGUCAAUUUCGACCAGUACGGCGGUUAUGUAACCGUCAAUGCCACGGCCGGUCGAGCUUUUUAUUAUUACUUUGUUGAAGCCGCACAUCAUCAUAAAGACUCUUUACCACUUCUUCUCUGGCUUAAUGGAGGCCCCGGUUGUUCCUCCCUCGCCUACGGAGCCAUGCAAGAGCUCGGACCCUUUCGUGUCCACAGUGAUGGCAAAACCCUUUUCGAAAAUCCAUUUGCUUGGAACCAUGCUGCAAAUGUUUUGUUCUUAGAGUCACCAGCCGGAGUUGGGUUCUCAUAUUCAAACACAACAUCGGAUUUUGUCAAAGGUGGAGAUCAUAGAACCGCAGAAGACAACUAUGUUUUUUUGUUGAAUUGGUUAGAACGAUUUCCAGAGUAUAAAACUCGAGAAUUUUAUAUUUCUGGGGAGAGUUAUGCCGGACAUUAUGUUCCUCAAUUAGCACAUGCUAUCCUUUAUCACAACAAGAUAGCUAACAACACUCUUAUCAACCUCAAAGGCAUUAUUAUUGGAAAUGCAGUGAUCAACGAUGAGACGGAUUUGAAAGGGAUGUAUGAUUUCUUUGCCGGGCAUGCUCUAAUAUCCCAAGAGAAUAUUGAAGAGAUAAAAAAAUAUUGUGAUUUCUCACCCAAUGCAACUAAUUCAAAAAAUAGCAAUUGCAGUUUGGCCACUAAACAAGCCUCCAAAACCACACAUGUUAUUGAUAUCUAUAGCAUUUAUUCUCCACUCUGUGUCUCUCCCAAUCUCACUUCUAUCCCCAAGAAAACCUCACUAAUAAUAGAUCCGUGCAACGACUAUUACACUUAUGCUUAUUUGAAUCGUCCUGAGGUCCAAGAAGCGAUACAUGCCAAUGUUACUCGACUUACAUACGACUGGCAGCCUUGCAGUGAUGUGCUGAAAAAAUGGGAAGAUAGUCCAACAACAAUUAUUCCUCUCUUGAAAGGGUUCAUAGAUAAUGGACUUCGAGUCUGGAUUUUCAGUGGAGACACAGAUGGAAGAGUGCCAGUUACUUCCACAAUGUAUUCCAUAGGUGCAAUGAAUCUUCAAAUCAAAGUUUCUUGGUACCCUUGGAUCUUAAGUCAAUAUGAGGUUGGUGGGUACAGUCAAGUUUAUGAUGGGAAUCUAACAUUUGUAACAGUGAGAGGGGCAGGACAUCAAGUGCCAAGUUAUCAACCUGCUAGGGCUUUGUCCCUUAUUUCCCACUUUUUGUCUGGCAAAUCUCUUCCCAAGCAUAAAUCCUUCUCUUAAUUUGCUUUUCAUCUUCACUAGAUUUCUCUAUUUUUAUCAAUGGGAGAUGGUACUAGUAUAUUUAUCAAUUGUUCAUGUAAUAUUUGUUUUUUAGUAAUUUCGAAACUCGGAAACAGUAGAGCACUUCAGAUGGAGUAAUAUGGGACAUCGAGACCUUAUCUAAAGAUUGGCUGAUAAUAAUUAUGGAAUAAGAUGCAUUAUAAUUUCGAUAA